AUGGCGCCCGGUACUAGACGCGCGGCCAACCGUGGUGGCUACGUCGAACAUGACGACUUCGAAGGUCUUCCCGUGCGCCAAUGGCGUCAGGACUGGACGUCCGUCGCGCCCCCGCCACCCCCGGAGCAGCAGCAGCAAAACGACAUAUGGGCAGUUGAACUGCUGCACGGCAUGCCUAAAGACUCGGCCUUGAUUCCGCCGCACAGCCAGGAGCUCCUCCGAGCUGCGAGAUCCGGCCGACUCUACAAGCGCCCUCCGCCUGUUGAGGAGGAGGAAGUUGACGUGGACAUCCUCGGCAACGACAGGCUGGACAAGAAGGACGAGAACGAGGUCCAAGGCUUUACCGUAAAGCUGUGGAAGCAGAUCCCUAAGAACGUUGAAGCUCCAGCACUGUCAUAUCUCGCCAAACGCCGAAAGGGCACCGUCACCAUCGCUAGCAAGACGGUGGAGGACAGGGCUUCGGGCCAGACUGUCACGCGUGCCACUGUUAGGAGGAUAGACGCUGCGGGUAAUGCCUACACGGAGGAUGUCACCCUACAGGAUGGUCAGCCUGUUGAUGGUGAAAUCAUCUCCACCAGGAUAGAGCCCGUCUCGACCGCCCAGGGUGGAGAAGCUUUCGGCGCGACCCAGUCCCAGCCCCGCCGGAGGCCGCCGCCGCCCAAGAGGAAGGCGAAGGCUGGCCCUGGUAGGGGCAGGAAGAAGGGUAGGGGCCAUUGGAACGGGCCUUCUCGGGGCAUCACUAGAGCUGUCGCUACCCCAACCGGUGUUGAUGCCCCUCACAAGCCGCAGAACGACGAUGAAGCCGGCGUCAAGAAUGAAGUCGAAGAUACUAUGGUCGAUAGCGAAAUGGCUGAUGGGGACGAGAACGAAAACGAGAAUGAAAAUGAGAACGACGAUGAUGAUGACGAGGGCGACGAUGGCUACGAAGGGGAGGGCGACGAGACGACAGAGGUCAACCAGAGAGAUACCACCCAGGUCUCUGAAAGCCUGCAGGACAAGGAGAUGGUGGAUGUUGUCUCCAUCCAGGAGCCUGUCGCUGCACCCGAACCUCAGUCUCAGGCUGAAUCUGCAGACAUCGAGAUGAAGACCAACCAGGAAUCAGUCGUCCCCGCGGAGUCGUCAUCUCUCAACACCUCCGAGAUUGCUCCUCCAGCCCCUCCGUCCCCCAAAACUGAGGGCAGUCCGCUCAAGAACGUCUCUAUUUUAUCGCCCGUGCCGCCAGUGAACUCAGACCCUACCUCUCAGACAGAGCUGAUAACUGACGCUCCCGUUGAAAAAGCGCUGGCCUCUGAAGCGCAAUCGCCAGUUGAGCCUGUUGCUGAAGAGCCAGCCGCUGCAGAAGAGCGCUCAGCCUCUACUCCCAAGGAGCCGUCCAGUGAGGUGCUGCAGACGGAUGCCCCAGCCAAGGAGCCAUCAACGGAUGCGACUCUCCUACUCCCACCUCCUGAGCAAGUGGGCAACAUUUCCUCGCCGAAAGCAUCCCCCAAAGAAACCUCGCCUUCAAAGGAAGAAAAACCUUCAGAAGCAUUGUCCGGAGAUGCUCCUCAAGAUAAGGAAGAGGCCUCAUCUGCUGUUUCUCCUGACGCGGAUCCUUCGUCUGACAAGCCCUCUGCCUCAAAUGAUGCUGAGCCGACCGAGGAAAGGGAGAAGACGCCCGAGUCGAGCGACGUAUAUGUAAAUGCUCCGUCAGCGCCGGCUGAGCCGUCUCAGCCUGAAUCUGCUCAGCCUGAGCCUAUUGGUACUGCCGACAAGCUGAAAGAAGAAGCAAAGGAACCUACUCCUCCCGAGGUGACCUCUGACAUCCAGGAGGCUCCCGAGCAGGCUGAGCCCCCCAAGGAAGAGAAACUCGAGGACUCAGCUACUGCGGAGGCUUCUUCUGUUCCUGUGGCUGAUAGUGAGCUGAAAAAACUGGAGGAGCCCAAAGAAGAAGCGCCCAAGCCUGAAGCCACCUCUGAAUCAUACUCUCCCGCCAAGGACGAGCCUGACUUGAUAGAUACUGUCAUGAGUGGACUGGACCAGGUUGCUUCCAAGGAUGAGGGAGCUAAGGACGAUGACACCUCCAAGAACGAGUCUCCCAAAGGAGAAUCCCCUAAGGAGGAAAACUUCAAAGAGGACUCUUCCAAGGAUGAGACUACCCCUGCGCCGGCGACUACUGCUGACGAGCCUUCCGCCCAAGAACAUGAGACCAAGGCGACGGAGGCUGAUGAUAAUGCAAAGAAAUCCGAAGAAGUUGCAAGCAACGGUACAGAUUCACCAGCUAUCGCUGAAUAA